AUGCCUAUCCGCGUCGCGCGCUAUGCCGACUUGGCGACAAUUCCAUCUAUCCUUGCGACUGGGUUUGACGAUGAAGAAGUAGUUGGAAACCUGCUCCAUCCGUACAGGAAACAGUUUCCGCAAGACUACCUCGCCGAUUGGCGUCGCAGAUGUAGGGAAAGAUUCUGGGAUUAUUCAAGGGUGUACUUGGUGAGCUACGUGGAAGAAGACGCGACAGGGAAAGAGAUUCUAACUGGCGUCGCUGAAUGGCAACGGCGAGGCUUGGGAUGGGAGAGAAUAUGUGGGCUCUGGGGAUGGUGGGACCCAAGGCGUCUCAUUAAGCCAAUAUUCACCUUUGUAAACUUCCUCGCCAAUACCCUUUUCCCCAACCGCGCCGCCGCCAGACCGCCAGAUUUCACCCCGUCGACGAUCAACGCAGCUAUCCUGCCUUUUGUUUCGCACUACUUUUCUGCUCCUUAUCGCCAAACCACUUGGACACUAACGGCCCUUGCUGUUCUCCCGCAGUAUCAAAAUCGCGGUCAUGGACGUCAAUUAGCCUCGUGGGGCCUUGAAAGAGCAAAGCAAGAAGGUAUCGUGGCGAACGUCACAUCUGCAAAGGGGAAGGAGAGAUUUUACCAUCGAUGCGGUUUUACAGAGCUUGUAGGCCGGCUUACUGACGGAGACGGAAAUCCAUUAAAAUCCCUGGGGAUUGAAGGUGGUGCUAUCCUAUUUACUCCUUACACUCGAGAAUCAAAGCCUAGCGACGGUUGA